AUGGAGAUGUAUGAAACCCUUGGAAAAGUGGGAGAGGGAAGUUACGGAACAGUCAUGAAAUGUAAACAUAAGAAUACUGGGCAGAUAGUGGCCAUUAAGAUAUUUUAUGAGAGACCAGAACAAUCUAUCAACAAAAUUGCGAUGAGAGAAAUAAAGUUUCUGAAGCAAUUUCAUCAUGAAAACCUGGUCAAUCUGAUUGAAGUUUUUAGACAGAAAAAGAAAAUUCAUUUGGUAUUUGAAUUUAUUGACCACACAGUAUUAGAUGAGUUACAACAUUAUUGUCAUGGACUAGAGAGUAAACGACUUAGAAAAUACCUCUUCCAGAUCCUUCGAGCAAUUGACUAUCUUCACAGUAAUAAUAUCAUUCAUCGCGAUAUAAAACCUGAGAAUAUUUUAGUAUCCCAGUCAGGAAUUACUAAGCUCUGUGAUUUUGGUUUUGCACGAACACUAGCAGCUCCUGGGGACAUUUAUACGGACUAUGUGGCCACACGCUGGUAUAGAGCUCCAGAAUUAGUAUUGAAAGAUACUUCUUAUGGAAAACCUGUGGAUAUCUGGGCUUUGGGCUGUAUGAUCAUUGAGAUGGCCACUGGAAAUCCCUAUCUUCCUAGUAGCUCUGAUUUGGAUUUACUCCAUAAAAUUGUUUUGAAAGUGGGCAAUUUGUCACCUCACUUGCAGAAUAUCUUUUCCAAGAGCCCCAUUUUUGCUGGGGUAGUUCUUCCUCAAGUUCAACACCCCAAAAACGCAAGAAAAAAAUAUCCAAAGCUUAAUGGAUUGUUGGCAGAUAUAGUUCAUGCUUGUUUACAAAUUGAUCCUGCUGAUAGGAUAUCAUCUAGUGAUCUUUUGCAUCAUGAGUAUUUUACUAGAGAUGGAUUUAUUGAAAAAUUCAUGCCAGAACUGAAAGCUAAAUUACUGCAGGAAGCAAAAGUCAAUUUGUUAAUAAAGCCAAAAGAGAAUUCUAAAGAAAAUGAACUCAGGAAAGAUGAAAGAAAAACAGUUUAUACCAAUACACUGCUAAGUAGUUCAGUUUUGGGAAAGGAAAUAGAAAAAGAGAAAAAGCCCAAGGAGAUCAAAGUCAGAGUUAUUAAAGUCAAAGGAGGAAGAGGAGAUAUCUCAGAACCAAAAAAGAAAGAGUAUGAAGGUGGACUUUGUCAACAGGAUGCAAAUGAAAAUGUUCAUCCUAUGUCUCCAGAUACAAAACUUGUAACCAUUAAACCACCAAACCCUAUCAAUCCCAGCACUAACUGUAAUGGCUUGAAAGAAAAUCCACAUUGCGGAGGUUCUAUGACAAUGCCACCCAUCAAUCUAACUAACAGUAAUUUGAUGGCUGCAAAUCUCAAUUCAAAUCUCUUUCACCCCAGUGUGAGGUUAACUGAAAGAGCGAAAAAGAGACACUCUUCUUCACAAUCUAUUGGACAAGUCAUGCCUAAUAGCAGGCAAGAGGAUCCAGGUCCUAUUCAAAGCCAAAUGGAGAAGGGUAUAUUUAAUGAGCGAACAGGUCACAGUGACCAAAUGGCAAAUGAGAACAAAAGGAAGCUGAAUUUUUCCAGAUCUGACAGGAAAGAAUUCCAUUUUCCAGAAUUGCCUGUCAUAAUACAGCCAAAAGAUACAAAAGGAAUGGAAGUUAAACAGAUAAAAAUGCUGAAGAGGGAGUCAAAGAAAACAGAUUCAUGUAAGAUACCAACUUUACUUAAUGUGGAUCAAAACCAAGAAAAACAAGAGAUAACUCUUUUUGGUGGAGAUGGCCAUUGUGAGGGGAAGAAUUUGAAGAGAAACAGGUUUUUUUUCUGGUAG